AUGAUCGAAAAGUGCAAAGUGCAGGAGCCACAUACGGAGCCGGAGCAGAGAUGGCUCAGUCAAUGGAAGAAGAAUCAGCCCCAAUUCAAUGCUCUAGCUGCCUCAGCGCUUAUUUUCAUUUCUGGAGGCAUGAGCAUAGCCUGGGGUGCUGGAUUUGCCGCCCACUCCUCGCAUCGACAACGCCUGACCCUGCAUAUGCAAAUUUGUUGGUAUGGGGCCGCCAUCCUGGGCAGUAUUAUAGGUGCACAGCUUAGCUACCGUGUAGCCCAACGUCCGGUUUAUAUUCUUGGCUCCUGCUUGGUACUGAGUUGCGGUCUUCUCUUUGUAUUGUUCCCAGAUCAUAGCAUUGCCAUCAUCGUGGGUCGCUAUAUGGAUGGCUUGGCCAAUGGUCUGGUAUUUGUGCCCACACUCUGCAGUGUUGGUGAGAUAUCGGUGUACAGCAUGCGUGGCAUGCAUAGCGCCUGGUUGGACCAACUCAGUUGUAAUCUCGGCAUGUUGCUGCAACUGCUCUAUACGGCUUUGUGGUGCACCGAAUGGAAUGCGAGCAUUGUGGCCGAUCAGGUGCAUGGUGUGCUGAGUCUGAUGUGCGGCAUCACCGCUCUGGGUCUGACGAUGAUCCUCUGCGUUGAGUCACCAAUCUAUUUGCUGCUGCGGCACAACGAACGAACGGCUGUACAGGCAAUACGUUACCUACAGAGCCCCUAUCUAGUUACCAGCGAGACUUGUCUGCAGCUUGACGAACACAAACACUAUGUGACUUCAAAUCGGAAGCUGAGUCGCUCCAGAAGUCUUCUUAUCGGUCUGCCAGCCCUGAUCAAGCUCUCCAUCUUUCGUAUACUUAAUGCGCUCACUCUGACCCUCGUCAUCUGGAGCGCUUUGCAUGAAACUGGCAGAGGUCUGGCUGAGUACAUUCACACCUGGCCGUAUGUGCUGUUCGGCAGUCUACGAUUUUUGGGCUCCCUGUGCGGCGCAGUUCUGAUGGACUCCACAGGUCGCAAGAAGCCAACCCUUGUUGGAGCCCUCACCAGUGGCGGUCUGGCGCUCUCCUACGCUAUGAUCUGCCAUUGCGAGCAAUUUACCUCUUCGGCACUGGCCAUGCUAAUCUGUUUUCAGUUCUUCGCUGGACUAACACUCACUGCUUCUUCGGUAUACCUGACCGAGGCCUUUCCGCUGUCCGCCAAAUCACAUUUUGUGGCCAUUACCUAUAUAUUGGAGCUAGGCACGCGUAUGAUGUUCACUCUGCCAUCCAGCUACGCAGGCACUGUCAUGUAUUUCUAUGGAAUGGGUGGAAUAUUUCUGGUUUUCUUUCUGCUAGCCAUUUUGAGCCUGCCUGAGACGAAGAUGAUCACAUUGAUGGAGGCUCAGGAAAAGUUUCGCAAGCUCUUUCAUUUCAAGCUCUAG